AUGGUCCUUCUUGAAUUGUGGGAUUUCAUAUGUCCGACUAUUCCACACAUUUCAUAUGCAUGCACCACAAACAACAACAACAACAACUCAAUACCAUGUUUAAUAUCAUCAUCAACAACCACAACCACAACAACAACACGAGAAGACUCUUCACUUUUUCAUCUCAUGACAUUACUUUUUCAAAAAUUACGAACACCUUGUCUGAAAAGUUUCUCCUAUGCACGUUAUGAUCAAUCUCGGAAAUAUAAGAGCCAUCCAGCGUUUAUUUUGGAGCGACCAAAUGUGAUUAGUAAAUUUGUAAAUCUUUAUGAUGUGAAAAUAUCACAUCAAUGUCAACUAUUGUUCGUGUGUGAUGCUGGGGGAGCUAAAGUUUAUAUAUUUCACAUCAAGACAAAGAAUUUGAUCAACAGUUUGAGCUGGUUUAAAUCUGAGAAUGAUUAUCCUCAUCGGCUAUGUGUGGAAGAAGAUGCAUCGACAAUGACUGGCACUUGCCAUUUGUUCAUUUCCACUUCCAGAGGUAAAUUGUUAAAAUGUCGAGUUUCAAAAGAAGGAAAGUUUGACAAGAAGAAUUGUGUGAUUUGGGAGAAGCAUGACUUUUUUGAAGGCUUUGCUAAGAGAGCUGAGAUGACCAUCUUGUACUCGAAACGAGAUGGAAAUCGUAUUUUGUGUUGUGUCGAAAAAAAAAUUAUCAUGUUGAAUUCCCAAGAUGGAAGUGUGAUUACUACUUUUGAGACUUUGAAUUUGAUCACCGAUGUUAAUAAGCAUUUCGUUUAUGUCAGAGACGCAUCCACUAUCCAAAUUAUUGAUCCAUGCUCAAUGGCCAAACCUCAAUUGGUUGUGGGAAUACGUAACUCUUAUAUAUGUAUUUAUAUCUAUAUUCUCGAAAUGCAAUUCAAUGAGGAGCAACAAGAAUGGAAACUAGUUGAAAAGAAACGUUUUACCAAACCCGGUUGUUCAGAAGUUAACGUGAUUCUUGAUCGAGGACAUGGCUUGAUGAUGUUGUGCCGCAGAGGAGUUGACACUCAAGUGAUUUCACUUCACACAGGACAAGAAGUACAAACUUUGAAUUUCUCUGCAAAAAAUGGUUGUUUGGAUGAGGUGAAUGGUGUUGGUUAUUUCAUUGUUGGAAAGAAAGUCUUCGUGUUUGAAUGA